AUGUUUUUUUCUAUUUCUAGUAAAGGAUUAUGGCCAAUAGAUAAAAAAGGUCGUUCAUUAAAAACAAAAUUUCUUGUACUUGAUUUAACAGGUUUUUUUGGAUCUGGUGCAAGUGAAGGUGCAGAAGUUCAAUGUUCAUCAUCAAAUACAACAUUUAUUUGGACACGUCGACAAGAUCGAAUUGAAGAAAUUGAUUUUAUUAUAUCACAUGACGCACGUAAUCUUAAUGAUGCACUACUAAGUAAAAUUCAGUUAAAUAAUGUCAAACAACAAUAUACAAUGGCAUAUGUUAUGGAAAGUGAAGUACAUUCAUCAACAGGAGAUCCUUGGAAAAUGUAUAAUUUUAAAAUGACAUAUAAUCUUGAUGAUAGUUAUCCUGAACCAGCUACUUAUUUCGAUACUAAUAUACAUAUAAUUGAUUUACUUAAACCACCGACAAUCUCAUUUGAAGAUAAAGAACCAGACGCAGAUGUUGUUUGGAUUAUUUCAAAUUGUAAUGCACAUAAUGGUCGAGAAGAUUUUAUUAAAGAAUUAAUGAAAGAAAUCAAAAUUGAUUCCUAUGGUCCAUGUUUAAAUAAUCGUCAUGGUUAUGAAGCUCGUAUGACUGAUAAUGUUGAUGCAUAUAUGAAAUAUAAAUUUGUUAUUGCUAUUGAAAAUUCAAAUUGUAUUGAUUAUGUAAGUGAAAAAUUAGUUAAAGCUGUCGAAUCUGGUUCUAUUCCUAUUGUUGCUGGUCGAAAUAAUCGACCAGAUUAUCGCCGAUAUAUGCCUGAACAUUCAUAUAUAAAUAUAUUUGAUUAUAAAUCAGUAAAAGCUCUUGCCGAUGAUCUUAAACGUAUUGCAAAUAAUCAAACAUUAUAUGAAUCUUAUUUAUGGUAUAAAAAUCAUAAAGUUAACAUUGAUGAAUUACCAGAAUAUUCCCUAGAAGAAAAAUUAAAACAUUUAGCUAAUGUUAUUGGUUCGAAUGCAACUAUGAUCACACAAGGUAUUGCAGGAAAAGAAAAAAGUGAAAAUAAAGUUUGUAAACUUAUACGUUUUGUUCGUCAAACACCAUGGCAAACUAUUGCUGCGCAUCAAGGAACACCAAGAGCUGAUGCAAGCACUGCUUGUCUACCAAAUGAUCAUAUACUUACUCAUUUUAGUGUACCAUCUGCGAAUAUUAGUCAAACAGAACAAUCUUAA